GAAAAAACCCGUUAAUAAUUGCCUUGUAAUUGUAAAAAACUUUUUUUUUCAACAAUCUACCGAUAUUAUAUGAACGCACCAUUUUAAAGCUUCAUAUUUCCCCCAGCUUCACGCGGGUACGUGAAGGCAGCAGCGGGCCUGGCGUAGUUGCGAUCUCCUCGGGUCUUCUCGUGUCCGCCACAGGCUCGUGUUUCAUUGGAUACACACAGCGACACGCGGGACAGCUGCGAGCCGAGACUCGCUGUUUGUUUUUAUCACGAAGCUUUUUUUUUAAAAAAAUUUCAAAUCGGCUGUAAAUCCAUCAUGAAGCAUAUGCGGAGUCAUCGGCUGCGCUGCAGUUCACCACCGCCGCCCCCACCCAACUACAACAACAUCAACAAACACAGCAGCGAGGCCGGUCUGUGAGCCACACUCGCUUCUUUUGAUAUGCAGCUGCUCUCCUGUGUCCGGGGUGGUCUUUGUGUUUCUUUGGAGGGCGUCGGCUUUUAUUGUGCUUUUUAAACAGCUCGCUGCUGCCUUCCUUUGGCUCUCAUUCAAUCGGAAGGAGCACAGCAGCAGCUACGUCCUGAGGAGGAGCGUCCCCCUGGUGUUUUAUUACGGCAGAAGACCGGGCAGCAGACAGGGACUCAGGAAAGCACAGACAAGAGACAACAUGUUCGACAUGAGAGGGAUUCCCUUUGUCCUACUAGAUAUAGUCUGUCUAGUUCUGGCUGGACUCCCAUUUGCAAUUCUCACUCUGCGACACAGUCCUUUCCACCGGGGCUUUUUCUGUAACGAUGAUUCAAUCAAGUACCCCUAUAAAGACGACACCAUUUCCUAUCAGUUGUUAGGAGGUGUCAUGAUUCCCGUCACGGUACUCACUAUGAUUGUUGGCGAGUGUCUUUUAGUUCAUCUAAACCGCAUCAAGUCCAAGUCGUCUUUCGGCAGCUACGUUGCCUGCAUUUACAAAGCCAUCGGCACCUUCGUUUUCGGUGCCGCCAUGAGCCAGUCUCUGACGGACAUCGCCAAGUAUUCGAUCGGCCGGCUUAGGCCACACUUCCUGGAUUUGUGCAGACCCGACUGGAAACUGAUCAACUGCUCGGCAGGGACUUACAUCGAAAACUUCACCUGCACUGGAGACGCGAAGCAGGUCAACGAGGCCCGGCUCUCGUUCUACUCCGGCCACUCAUCUUUUUCCAUGUACUGCAUGCUCUUCCUCGCUCUCUACCUGCAGGCUCGGCUCCAGGCCGACUGGGCGCGGCUGCUGAGACCGACCAUCCAGUUUUUCCUGAUUGCCGCCUCUGUGUACACCGGACUGUCGAGAGUGUCUGAUUACAAGCAUCACUGGAGCGACGUUCUCACCGGACUCAUACAGGGCGCGCUCAUGGCUCUGCUCGUGGUCUUCUUCGUGUCAGACUUUUUCAAGCCACAAAUGGAGUCCCGUAAAGAGGCAGACAUCCCACACACGACUCUGCAGGAGACGCCGACAAAUGGAAACCACUUUGAAAGCCCUAACUAAGCUAAGUGAGCAGUGGAGGCGACCUCUGCUCUGUCCAAACGCACUCCCGGGAUCCCAGCUCUCUACCUACCAUCUCGCGCCAAUUAUCUCUGAUACCCUGCAUGGAUUUACAACGUGAAGUACUUGAUUGUGCAUUAAGUGCGCCAGUGGACAAAACACAUCCUAGAAAAACCACACUGGCCUGUUCAAUUUCAAGACAGUUUGCUGUCUUGUCCACCACUUCUCCUCGUGGCUGGAGAGAGCUGAGACAACCUGUACAACCCUUGUAGUUAAGCUGACUGAAGCAGAUGUAGGUUAGGGGCUAGAGGUUCUGAGAGGAUGGAACUCUUUUUUUUUUUUUUAGCAUGUAUGAAUCUACUGAACCAAUGGAAAGACUUGCCUGCAUGCACCCACUAAAGGGUCUGACCACUGCUGGGAGGGGUGGGGAGGUUGGAAACCUGUGAAUGUAUCUCUGCUUAGUGCUUUUCCUGACCUGGAGUCAGUGUGCUGGAUGAUCUGCUUUAGGGUCAGCUUGGUCUCCAUCCUUCUGACCAUGCUGCCUCAGGUUCAUUGUUAAUUAAAGGGCUGACGGCAAAGCCGAUCCUAGACCAGAGGCUGCCGACACAGCUGCCGACUCCAGGUCAGCGCCGUCUUCCUCUCCAGCUAUCUAACCUGAUGUUCAAAUCAGGAAGUUUGAUUUGUAUCACGAUUGGUUAGAGUGCUGCAGAGUUCAAGUCAUGUGUUGCCUUUGCUGGACUGCUGCUGCUAUUACAGCUUCCUGUGUAACUAAUGUAAACAUAAAUAAAUGGACAGUGUGCUUUUUAUAUAAUCUGUAAGUAAACAAAUCACCAUACAGUCAUUUACUGAAAUAUGUCAAAUAUGUACAUCACGCUCCCUCAUCUAAAGAAACAAGGAAAAAUAAAGCUGUUUAUUAUAUCA